AUGGCUGUCAGCCAGACCUUGACUCAGGUCGUUGACCUUGUGUCUGAGCACAAGGUUGAGAUCACUGUGGCUUUCGUUGCGGUUUAUUUCUUGAGUCAAAUCAGGACGUACUUCAAGUUGGCACAUGUGCCGGGCCCGUGGUUUGCGGGCUGGAGCGAUAUACCGCAUAACUGGUCGAUUUGGAAUGAGAGGGCUUAUCAGUAUUAUUAUGAUAUUUCGGAACGAUAUGGCAAGAUUGCACGCAUCGGACCAAAUUCUGUUCUUUCCUCGUCACCCGAGGUCUGGAUCCAUGUCAACACCAAACCUGGAUAUCGGAGGAGUGACUGGUACUUCAAGGCGGUGAGGGUCGAGUACCAGAGGGAUAACAUUUUCAGUCAGGCGGACACGGAGAAGCAUGAUGCUACCAGGAAGAAGAUUGCACCUGGGUACUCCGGCCGGGAAAACCUCGAGUUGGAAGGGUCGGUCGACAGCCGUGUUGUUGCCUUCCUCGAUCUCAUCCGCAGAAACUACCUCUCUGUUGAUGGCGGCCCCGUGAAGAAGAUGGACUUGGCAAAGAAGAUUCAGUUCUUCACCAUGGACGUCAUUUCGCUCGUGGCGUUUGGGACCACAUUUGGGAUGCUGGAUCGGGAUAGCGAUAUCAAUAACUUUGUCAAGAGCUCAGAGGAUGGGUUGCUAAUCGGGAACAUGUUCAUGUCGCUGAAUCUGGCUUGGUUGGUGCAGGCGCCGGUGAUUGGAAAGUUUUUGGGACCCAGCCCGAAGGAUAAGACCGGUUUUGGCGCCAUGAUGAGGGAGACGUUCAGAUAUAUCGAUGAGAGAGUGAAGAACGCGGCAACAGAUACCAGAAGGGAUAUGUUGGCGAGCUUUUAUCGGCAUGGGGUGAGGGGGGAUGAGUUGAAGAGUGAGGUUUUGGAGCAGAUGGUUGCUGGGUCUGACACCACCGCCGGUGCGUUGAGAGGCAUCAUGCUCCAUGUUUUGGGUACGCCGAGGGUGCAAAAGAAACUGCAAGAGGAGAUUGAUGCCGUUCAUGCCAAGAGAACUUGGGGUGAUGGGAUUGUUCCUCAUGCUGUUGCGAAGCAGAUGCCGUACAUGCAGGCUGUCAUCCGGGAAGGACUCAGAAUCUGGCCACCUGUGUUGAACCUGCUGCCAAAGGAUGUGCCUGCCGGCGGUGAUACCAUCGUGGUCGACGGGAAGAAGGUUUUCUUGCCCGGUGGGACUUGCAUUGGUGUCUCGACACUGGCCAUGCAUCACGACAAGGAGCUCUACGGCGAAGAUGCAGAUGUUUUCCGGCCUGAAAGGUGGCUGCUGGAGACUGAUCAACAGAAGCUGGCCAUGAUGACCAGGAUCAACGACUUGACUUUCGGGCAUGGAAAGUGGCAGUGCUUGGGCAAGCCCGUGGCUCAGAUGGAGAUCAACAAGAUGUUGUUUGAGUGGUUCCGCAACUUCGACUGGGCCGUCGCUAAGCCCUCAAAACCGUGGAGGUUGACGAAUGCCUUUGGCCUGUUCUUGAUCAAUGAUUUCUAUGUAAGAGUUAUGGAGCGGGAGACUUGA